AUGGAAGAGUACAAAGCCGAAUGGAAACCCUUCUUCUAUCCAGACCCAGAGGAUGGCGACCCAGAUCCCCCAACCUGGGAUGAGAUUCAAAUAUUGCAGGAAUUUGUUGAGCGUUACGGCACUGCCAAUGCAGUUCCAGUAGAUGACGCUGCUCAUCGCUUCAUGUCACUUCGUAACGAAGAUGACCUGAUUCAAGAGCGCCAGAGUCAAGCUGUGGAUAAAGGGGAGCGCGUUUCAUGGCUACUUUGGGAUGCUGCUAUUGAGAUGCCGAACUAUCAACCCGCUAUUUUGAAGCUGGUAGAGGCAAUAAGAGCUCUUCCAGACCUUGAUAGAACCGAAGAACAGGUUCGCACGUCACGCUUCCAGGAUCGGCUGGAAGACUGGAGGAACUUGGCCGCAUUCAAGGACAUUUGGGAAGAGACUCAUGACCGUUACUGGGAAAUGCGAUACGGUAUCUACCCUUUUGAAGGGUGGUACACUUUUCACAGUAGCAGCGCUUUUUGUGCGCAUUAUCUUUCCGCAUAUCCACCGCAUGGCCCUGGUUCACGCGAACUAAGCAUAGCAUUGCGAAUCCCCGUCUUUGCAUUAGAACAGGAGCCGUGGAAAUACGGGCCGGUGCCACUUCCGCCGCCCUCGCCGUCGCUCUUACAGCGCUAUCACCUUGUAGAUGGCCGCGUGGCUACGAAUUACAUCCUUAUGCUGAAUACUGAUGUUCAUGCUAUGGUUCCUUUUUUUGAGAUUGCAGGGUCCAUUAUUUUCAAGUUUGUAGGAAAGAAGGACCUCACCCUUGCUGAAGCAAACAAAAAGCCCGAUUGGAAUCUAUGGAAAGGAGACUCAUCGUUCUCGAAGGAGCGGUGGGAUUUCUGGAAGGAACGACUGCAAUGGAUCAGCGAACAGAAUGAGCUGAUGGAACGGACUCGAGACGACGCACAGAAACUGGUAGAAAUUAUGCAUAGCAUUGAGCAACAAAGCCGAGAGAAAAACUCUGCUCGCUAG